ACGACAUCGAGCCUUCCACACCAUUUCAACUAGUCUGGCGCGGGGCGAUGGGAGCGCAUGAGAUCCUCGCGGCGGCGUGGGCAGACCGCCGGAAACGGUAUGUCCUCACAGCGGGCAUCACGCUUGUCGCGCUCUUUGCGGUCGUGGCAACGAUCGUUGCAACGGUUCGGUCGCAAAACAGUUCGACGGACUCGACCGUGUUCGCUCCGACUAUAGACCAUGCCGAAGGCGGGACCCAGGGGAGUGUGAAAGCGCCAUCGUCGGGUCCUACGCCCGAGCCACCUUCAACGUUGUCGGGGGAAGUGUCCACCUCGUCUCCCGCCCCAUUAUCACCGAACGCAAUUCAUGGUGGUUCAUCGACCACCCCCACGCCGACACCACCUCCCAACCUGGUGUACACGUGCAGCGCAAUGGACCCCACGUCUGUGUGCUACAUCCCUCCCACCAAUUCGCCGUUAUAUUGCUCGCUCGACAAGGCGAUCGAUCCAAACCUCGUGUAUAUCGCUGCACCAAGCGUCGGGAAUACCAACGCAGGUUUCGCCAUGGAGCAGCAGUGCGCCAGCGGUGAUCGCUGUACGUACGGGUGCGAGCCGCCGUUUGUAGCGUCGAGCAACGGGUGGAACAAUGCCGACUGCAUUCCGUACCUAUCGCUGUGUCCUCCAUACUCUGCGUCGACAGCCCGAGGUGGGCUCUACUGCGACAAAGGUCGACUUAUCCUUGACUCGCCAAGCCAACCCCUUUGCGUUCCCGGUCUCAACACGUCAUUCGUGACGAACAACGUGCCUGCCAUCAUGUCCACGUGCCAGCGAGUUACUCCUGGCAACGGCGCUCCCAUGAUUGGGCUCGAGGCCGGUCCUGGUCAAACAAAGCAGCUCGCGGUAUUCCCUCAGUGGUAUUGGCGAGGCGUUUCGGCACAGCACGUCGUCCACUUGCCCGGGACUCGCCGGAUCGCGGCUUGUCAGCGCAACGCCGACCCGCUUAGCAUGAACGCCCAAGGCAUCGACGCGAUGCCGUUUUUUCUUGGCGGAGGGAGCUUGCCAGGGUCGGCGUGUGCUGCGUGCGCCCAGCAUUCGCUCGCGUUCAACGAGCACUUUGACUUUCGAAAGGCGUACUCCAAAGUUCCUGGCUACGGUGUGCGCGUCCGCAACUGCAACGACGUCACGUGCGGGCCCGUGCAAUGCGAUGCCACGUACGUGUACAACGCCGCCUCGGACACACUCGACGCGUACUGGGUCAAGUACAACACCGUGUUUGGGCCCACUGCCGCGGGGUGCAUUGCCGACGUGGUGGUCGGGCAGGGAUGGACUUCACGCGAUGGCACGUCCAAAUACACGCUAUACGAGUACUACCCCACAUCAGCGAGUGGCCAGCAAGCUGCUUCUUGUUCGGGGUGCUCCCCCGCGCCGACAUUCGACGCGACGCGAUGCAGCAAGAUCCGGCAGCCUCUUGCAGCCAAGUUUGGCAGCGGGGUAUCGCCUGCGCAGUACGUGUGCACGCCCGUGGGUGCCGCCGUUGGGAUGGCAGGCACAUUGACUGUGCUGAGUGCGACUUCCACGAACGACGCCAGCAAGACGGGGUGGCUCACCGCAACCGUCCAAAUCGAGAUCUUUGUCGCGUGUGUGUUGGCCGUGAUCGUGGUCGUGGCCGUCAUGCGCGCGCGCCGCAUCCCCGCCGCAUCAAACACGAGCGCCGCCGACACCGUUAUCCUUGAGCCGCAGCCGCUCACGGAGCUUCCAAUGCAAUGGACGCCAGACCGCCGCGGUAGCAUGCAUGUAAACCGCACGACGUAUGUUGCAAGGAGCAGCACUACCUUUGAGCCCCACCCCGACGUCAGUGAGGACUAACUGCAUUUCAUUUCAACAUGGUUGUACCAUAAUCCCA